AAACUCGCCAUUAUUCCGCUUAUCGUAACCAUGAAUACAACCAAUCAGAGACACACUUGCAAAGCCUUGCCAAAAUGUAGCCAAUCGCACACCCCGUUGUUAAAUAGUAUGUCGGUUCAAACGACUUAGCAAGCCUUUACCAACCGACGGAAUAUAGCAGGGAGGUAAAGCUAAUAACCACUCGUAUUCUUGUUUAGAUGUCUUCAGAUGAAGAGCCAAGUGUUCCAGUUUUGCCUAAGGAUUCGUCAUAUCGGAGCAACUCUGUGUCCUCUGAGCUUCAGGAAGAAUAUGAGGAACUUCUCCAACAUGCUGUGGUCUCACCAAGAUUUGAGGCCAUCUCUGGUGCGUCUCGCCUCCAGGGAAGAAGCACCUCCCAUCUGUCUUUAGAGGGUCGCAAUUCACGGAGGAAUUCACUGCAAGUAGCAGACGCUGCUGAUGUUAGAUCUUCACCCUUGACUGUUGAGCACUCCUCCCAUUUUAGAGCUCCACAUGAGAGGCUUGGACAUGAUUCCGGCAGAGGAAUUGGGAGCUCAGACAGGAUAUACGAUGUAUUGCAGCCUGCUGACUACACUGAAGUGGAGAUGUUCAUCUCAGAUGAGAACCUUAGCAGGAUUGAGAACAUUCUAGACACAUGGACCAGCAAACUGAAGACCAAUGUGAUGAGGGAGCUGAGGAAGUGGAGGGUGGCCUUCAUAGAGCAACACAGGCAUGAGUUGCAUAGAGAGAGAGAUAUUCACACAGCCCAGAAAAAUGCCUUGACAUCAGAGCUCGACAGUCUGAAGGAUCUGCUGAACACCUAUGAGAUUUCCAACAAGAGAAAAGAUGAGGUGAUUAAAAAUCUGACUCUGGUGUUGGACAGACAAAAAAACAAGCUGGAUAAGCUGAAGGCCUUCACCCACUGGAGACUUCAGUAUAUGGAGGCCAAGGAGGAGGCUCACGCUAGCCAGGUGGCACGGCAGCACUACCGUUAUCACCUGAAGAGGAAGGUGUGGUUAGCAUGGCACGGUCAAACCAAGAAAGAGUGGAAGGCCAGGAUGGAGCAGGCUUGCCGUGCAAGAGCUCAGGAGGUGUGCAGCCGCCUGGCUGAGGAGUAUGAGGCAAAGCUAGACGAGUUGGCUUUAGAACGCAACCAGGAACGAGAGAGGGCGCAGGCUGAGAUUCAGAGAAUGCAGCUAGAGCGAGAACGCAGAGAAGUAACCAUGAAGAAAGCCUUGAUGAGGGGGGUGUGCGCCCUCAACAUGGAGACUCUCCAACUGUUUAAUGCCACAGAUGGAGGAUCCGAGGAACCUGAUGAGUACGAUCCCGGGCCACCUCCUGAUGAUGACCCUGACCCUGACCCAGACCCAGAUCCUGAUCCUGAUCCUGACCCUGACACUGAUACUGGUACUGGUACUGGUACUGGUACUGGUACUGGUACUGAUACUGAUACUGGUACUGAUUCUGGUUCUGGUACACUGGCUCAGGUCCAGCCACGUCCUGGCCACAGCCCAGACCAAUUUGACCGCCCAAAGUCUCCCACCCACCAUGACAAGGACAUGAUGGGUUUUGGUGCAUCAGUGUCUGGUGCCAAAGUACCCCAUUCCACUUCAUCAGCAUCUCACACAGCAGCACCACACACUUCAGCGUCACACACUGCGGCGGCUUACAGCCUGUUCUCGCAAGGGGGCACCACUGCUUUCCACAAGGCCAGUGGUGGUGUGACAGCGGUCCAACAAAAAUCACCAAAAGUGUUAACGGCGCGCAUUACUGCCCAACAUGCUGCUGGUAAGGGUAUACGCAGCAACACUGAGGCGACGGGUGUGGCCCCGCCCAUGAGCUCCGUCGCAGUAGACCACCACCAUUCUAUAACACAGCAAACUAUCGGUCAGGCUACCGCUGCCAAAUUUCCUCGCUCCUCCCAAAAGGCCCGCGCCACUGGCGGCAAGACUUCCACCAGAGCACACACUGGCACAUACCCUCAACCCCCUUGGGAUGAUCCUGGUACUGCUUCACAGACUCAAGGCCAGCCAAGUCCCAGCCCGGUUCACUUUGACCACCCGGAGUCUCCUACCCACCGUGAAGAAGAUGACACGAUGGGCGUGUGGUGCACCAGUGAUGUUCUCCCUUCCACUUCAGCAGCACACAGCUCAUUCCCACAAGGGAGCAGCAGCACGUCCCACAAAAAGGCCAGUGGGCGUGUGGUCACAGCCAGCCAACAGAAAGCAGCAAAAACUAUAACCACUCGCAUUACAGCGCAACAUGUUCCCAGUAAGAGUGCACGUGGCAACCUCCAAGUGAUGGGUGUGGCCCCGUCCAUGAGUUCCAUCGUCGUAGAACGCCAUCAACCUAUUACACAGGUAUGGAUCAUGCAUUGUGAAGUAUUUCUGUAUUCUGUAUGUCUGAUGUACAUUUCUUUUUCUUUUUGUCUCUUGUUUUUUUUUUGUACAAGCUCAUUGGUGGUCAGUCUGCUGCUUCCAAAUUUCCUCGCUCCUCCCAACAGGGUCCACAUGCCCCCACUGUUAAGACUCCCUCCAGAACACACACCAGCACUUGUAAUGUACACUCUAUCAAAGUGGUAGACUAAACAUGCGCACACACACAUCUCACACAGACCAGCAUUUUCUAGAUGGGGGGGUUUUCAAAGUGUAUCAAGGGUUGAUAGUUCCCCUUUGAAAAAAUGUAUUUAUUGGAGCAUAUUCUGUGGAGUUUUCACUAGAAGUGUGAUGAAAUAUCGUGGUAUCGCGAUCUGGAACCUUGGUCGAGUGACAGAAUAUCGAUGCGCUCGCGCCACGUAUCGUUUUUAAAAAAUGUAUCACUAAAAUAUAGCCACUGUAAACUUUUUUUACUGUUCCUCCUCAGUGAGUCGAGUCACCGUUUAACAUAUCAUCCAGGAGGCGCUCUCCGUGACUGUGUCAAAAAAGUCACAGAUGAAGAAAAAACAAAACGGUGCCAUGGCGGACAUGAGCGGUGAAGUUAAACUCAAAGAUGCACCGGCGUCUUUGGCUUUUAAAGCACAGUAUAGUGUGGAUGGGACAAACCUGGAUAAAGACUUUGCAGUCUGUAAGAAAUGUCCCACAAAAAUACUACACAUAAAACGUGCACACCUACUUCGUUCAUCACCACCCUCCCAGACCUCAUGGAGAAAACUGUGCCUAGUUAGAGGAAUGUUGAUUUUUGUAUUCAAAUGCUAAAUUUUGUUUUUGUUAAAUAAAGAGAUGUGUUUAGUUGACUUAUUUUAUUGUCAACAUUCUCCUCAUGCUGCUCAAUCUUCUCCGGGUCACUCUGUCUCUUUCCAGUGAUUACACCACCACUACUAACUUACACUAAACACCCAAAGUGGCAUCUUAAGCAAGAUUUUAUAUGGGCCCCCCAUCCAUUGGCGAUUUACAUAUGCUUACAAAAGAAAUUGAAUGACAUUGUUUUUAAUUUGUAAGAUAACAUGUCAUCCAAUUUACAAAUAAAUGCAAACAUUUUGGAAAUACAAUAUAAAUACCUACAAAAUAAAAAUCCUUUAAACAAUUAAAUAAUAAUAAAUUAUAAAUACAAUAUCCAACAUGAAACAAAUAAAUAUAAUACAAGUAAAUAUCCUCGGUUUCCACACAAUAACCUUAUAUAUAAGCUAUAUUUACAGUAUGCAAUAACUAUACAAAAUCUAAAUAAAAUAGAUAUACAAGCGAUAUAAAAUACAUACUAUAUGCAAAACUAUACAAAAAUUAUGGUCGCAGGGUGACUUAUUUGUUAUCAUUUUUAGUAAUAUUAAUUGGGCAUUGCUUUACAAAUGAGUCAGUGUGAGCUUUUCAAUUAAGAGUUAAUUGUAAUAACUAGUUUUAAUGUAAUUAUAUUAAAGACAUUGUUUUCCCUUUUUGGCGCCCCCUGGAGGCCACGGUCCUUAGCAUUUGUAUUAUCCAAUGGGCCAGCCGAAUGUGACACUACAUAUUUAUUAUGUUUCUACUUAAUAGAUUUGGGGGUAUUCGCGAAGCGAGUUUAGUGGGUCAGCAAGCCUUGCCUGUUCCGCAAAGGUAGCUCUCUUUUAAAGCAGCUGUAUUGCCAUGGUAACUUGGGCUAAACUCAAGACUUUCAGCUUAAAAUUUAGUAUGAAAGCGCUGCUGUUUGACUGCGUAGCUCAUUCGGAGAUGGCAUCACCGUUUGUUGAAAACCCGGUGGACGUGGGAAUAAUUUGGGCAGCACUACAACGGGAGUGGCUGUAGCCAGGGAAUGGCUUUCCCUGAUUAAAUUCUCUACAAGAGAUGUAGAUUCUCAGCCGAGAGAAUACGCUAGAUAUGCUCACUUUUUGAGGCGAGCAUCAGGAAUAAAAUGCAAUAUGAAAUAUUAAUAAUUAGGCCAACGUUAGCCGAUGUAUAUGUCACAACAGUCCUUGUGUGAGCACUCAGCCUGUUGGUCUUCUUAUGUUAUAAUGUUUGAUGGAGGAAUAAGCACUCUGAUGCAUCAAUCAACUGCAACAAAACAUUUAUUCUAAGAAUAGGGAAAAGCUUGUCACAAAGAAAGUCGCUGCAGAACAGUGCCACCACGAGGUACUGCAUUCUGUUGCCGUAAAAUAGACCUUCAUAGAUGAAAAAAGCCAGUUGCUCCAAUUUAUUUAUUUUUUAAAUGGGUAAGUGUUCAUAUGUAAAAGUAGUGCAAUGUUGAGUGUUGAUAAAUGAAAAGAUUAGUAGGGUAUAGUUAGUAUAAUAAAUCAAUGUUAACUUGCGAAUUGACCACCAUGCAUCCAUUUUCUAUACCGCUUCUCCUCAUUAGGGUCGCGAGGGCAUGCUGGAGCCUAUCCCAUGCUCAGCUUUAUUCUGCCAGCGGUCGUCCCUCGCUCUAUUGCAGGCGCUAGUGUUGCUUUUGGCAAUAAUAAGCUUUAACGCCUCAUAACGCUCCAUAAUAAUUACUUGCUCAUCUUGUGUAAAAUACACCGGCUGGGAUCGCGCCAUUUUUGCGUGGAAGUAGAAUAAUAUGACAAACGCCCCCUUUUUUUGAUGUGAACACGCACUGAGCACAAAGUUGAGAACCGAACUUGACAAAGUCAGUUGAGAACCGCCGUUGCAAUACCAUUUAGCUUUGUUUGGGGAAUUUAGGUUUUGCUCAGUUGCAUCUUGAGCACAAAUCCUGGGUUGGUGGAGCCACUUUCGCACAAUACCUCCUUGAUCUACUUGAGAUGUUGUGUUUUGUGAGUCACAUUCUAACGUUUUUUUGAGUCUUUCUGAACCUUUUAUGUAUAGUUGACGAAAAACGCAAAAAUAAGACACCUAAAAUUCUGUUUUAGUUGCUGUAUGUUGCAGAAAAACAGUGUCAUUGUUUUUGAACUAUUGCUACUUUGUACUCUGGUUAAACUAUGCUGCAAAAUAUAAACAAUGAAAUAUAUUUUUUGGUUUGUUUUUGUUUCACGCUAUCAACGUUUCUCGACAUUGUCGAGAGCCAUUUAUCACGUACUGUAUCGUGAGGUACCCUGGGAUUCCCGGCCCUAGUUUUCACCCCCUCACUACGUAGGCCUAAAAAUCUAUUCAUUUUAUCGUUAGCAUAACUCAGUGCUUCUUAAAUAGUGGGACGAGCACCCCUGGGUGGGGGCACGGUGGGGGGAAUUGCAAUUUAACUCUUGAAUACGCUCAUAUGCUUCACUGCUCUCCAUUUUGUUGCACUUCACUGGUUUCAGUUUCAAGUUCAGUCCAAACAGUACAGAUAAAUUAAUAAAUAUUAUCAGUUUCUCAAUAGAAUUUCAAAUUGGGGGGGGGGGCGCAAAAACAAUUCUGUCCCCCAGUAGGGGCAGAACAGAAAAUAAUUGAGAACCACUGGCAUAAUUGAAGUUAGCCUAGCAAAAAAAAAAAAAAAAGACAUCUUUAUUUUUCUCAAGCUGCUGCGCCUCCCGUAAAGUCUUCUAAUGCCUCACACUUUGAAAACCCUUGGUCUAGAUGAAGAAUGACUCUAUGCAACAAUUCCACAGUUUUUAGUGGGUGCAGCUUUAACAUUUGUAUUUAUUUAUAUUUAUGUGAUGUUUGAUAUCCGUGUUUGUCUUAUUGUUAGUUUGCCUUUUUGUUAGAGAAAUUUUAUUCCUGCAAAAUGUGGAAUAUUAUUUCACAUGUUCAUGCUGUAAAAAAAAGCGGCAGGACAGAAUUAGCAAAAUUGCCUUUUUCUUUUUUGGUUAAAAUGAUUGAUGAUAUCCUAAAAAGGUGCAUGUAAAAUGACAGUGUAGUCAUUGAACAGCAAGCACAUAAUGCUUGUUGUCGGUCAGACCAAAGCUCUGCUGUUUGUAAAUGUUUAAAUAAAUGAUUUUAAAAGCUCUUUCUAUAAGUGUUUCUCAAAAGUGAUGUAAACAUGAUGACAAUUCAACUUAAUGUCACAACCUCCAUCAUGAAACCCUGCAGUUCUUGCUGGUGACUUUCUCUGAUUCCAUCCUUAUCUGAUCUUUGAGACAGAAAAAACAAUUAUAAUGCUAAAACUGACAGACAGAAAGCAGAUUGGUACUGUACUGCACAUUUAUAGACUCGUGGCAACCCAUUAAAGAAUAUAUAAAAAUAAAAUACCUGCAGCUCUGCCAUUGCCUGUGUUGACAAGGGCCUGGUAGAGCUCUUUCGAAGGACUUUUCUGGGCCAGCUCUUCCCCAUGGAGCCAAAUCAGCAGCAUUCUGUUGCCGUGCUCUUUGUAGCUGUGUUGACCUGUGAACAAAAACACACAGCACACUGUCAAAAUAAACAGACAACAAAUAAUAUAACUAAUCACAUAUACUAUUCCGGGACUUUGAGGCUGGUCUUUCUUCUGUGGAGGAAAAACAGCCAACAAAAACCAAAAAGCGCAGUUAAUCGCUUGAUGCUCGCUGAGGUACACUGAGGUUUUCAUACAACAUCAUGCAUGUUUUGUAUGACUGCUUCCUCAAAGUUUUGGUAAAAAUCUCUUGACAUUUUGACUUGAGAGUUUUGAUUGUAAUUUGAACGGGCCAAAGUACCGGUAGAGUUGUCGUUACCUGUCCACUGUCUCUCAAUGGCGUACACUUGCUCCUGAUCAAAUCCCCAGUGUUCAGCCAGUCGCUUCCAGUCGCCUGGCUUAAGGAGCUCGUAGGCCAGGCGCCAGGCCAUCAAGCGGAGCUGCUUGGUCUCAUAGCGGUGGUCCAGUUUGAAGGUUAACGGAUACUCACUGUGAACACUGUCGUUAAACUCUGGGUUAGCCUGGAGGGGACAUUUAAAGUCUGUCAGUGGCCUGAAAAACCACCACCAGCCUUGGAAGUGCACAGACACACAACAGCUUAUUGGACAUUUGCAAUAUGAAUGUCAGAUUUGAGCAUAUUGAGAUCAUCAACAAUUUGUCCAGAUAUGGAAUGUGAUUAUGAAAAACAAAUGACUAAUAAAUGUGAUUGCCUGACAAAAGCGAAAGUAUCAGACUCAGAAUCUCACCUUCUUCCACGCGUAGUAUCUUUCUGCCUUGACAAUCAUGUCCACAAUGAUCACCUCGUCUGCUCUGGCUGCCACACCGAGAGCCGUCUUUCCCUGCUACUCCAACAUGUGCACCAAAAGCUUAGAUUCAGGGGGGGUCACUAGACUAAACACUACCUACAAUCGCAGUGCUAACACAAAAUGACAGCACAACAUGUAACAGGUCAGUAAACACACACAGGGCAACUACUACUAUGGGGAAAAAUGUUGUACUAAAACAGUCU